AUGCCAACGCACAGGUCGACGCCCCCCGAAGUAUGGCUGGAGGUUCUCAAGGCGCUUCCGACUGCGUCACUGGCCUCUGUUGCAGAGACGAGCCGCGCGUUUGCCGCACUCGCCCGGCCGCUGCUCUUCGCGCACUUCGAGUUCACCCCCUAUCACUUCAGUGUGGGCCGACGGCCCGCGGAGGGCGUGUAUCACGUCCGCGGGGGAGAGGAGCUCGAACGUGCAACGGCCAGAUUGGACACGUGGACGUCCGGGUCCGUCGCGCCCCUUGUGCGGUCGUGCAGCAUCCGGCCAUGGGGCCCUCGGGAGUCGGCUGUGAUGGUUGUGGUGGACGGCGAGCAGGCGGCGAUGCAGGUUUCGGGCCUGUUGACCUUCUUUGCGCGCAUUUCCCGGUUCACGAAGCUGAAAUCGCUCAUUUUGGACGACGUCACCCUGCCGCGCGAUGCACUAGCUAGCGUUUAUCGUUUGUUGCCGGCGCUUGAGGCCCUCCACGUUGUCUGUCACUUCUCCCGGCGGCCCAGGGCUUUCGACACCGCCGCCGCCGCCGCCGUCGGAAAACUGCGGAGCUUGACGCUGCACACAGAGCCUUGGGACACCACAUCGCACGCGGUGUUUCUGCCGUUCUUCAUCCCUGCCACGCUGCGGGAGCUUAACCUCUCGUGUAACCUGCUCGCGUGGAGCAAUAUUCCGACAUUUCCAGCUGUCACCCGCCUGAAAAUAUGCCCCGAAUUUACCGUCCAUCGCGAGGGCAUCUCCUCGCCAACGUUUGCCGCCCUGCUUCCCAGGUUCCCCGCCCUCGAAGACCUCACCAUCGUCGGCAUCUCCCGCGAGAAUCCCGCCGUCGCCGACGUUGUUGCGGGGUGCCGCUCGGUGGUCGGCACGGUGCGGCGGCUGUCCACCCGGUCGUCACGCGCGGUGGAGGUAUUUCUGACCGAUGCAUCGGCACUCAGGGCACUGUCCUUCCUGCCCGGAGACCACAUCUCCAAGCUGUGCGGGCUGAUUGAGGCAUCCCGCCCGCCGCUGGUGUGUUUCUCGCUUGACUUGCUGACCUCCGAAGCGCCCCGCCUUGCGCCGAUGUGGGCCUGCCUGCCCGCGCUGCGCUUGCUGAAGAUAUUCUUUCGACGCGUCUUCACGGGGGAGCCUGACCCGCCGGAGGCUGCGGAGGCGAGCAAGAUUGCCCCAGCGUAUCUGUUGAGUCUGACGGCCCCGCAGGCGCUCCCGCGCACGCUGCGGGCGCUCGUGCUCAGAUGGCGCUUCUUCACCUGCAGCCCCACGUGGCCGCGCAAGAUGACGCAUGCCGACUUCGACCUGCCCGCGGUUGCAUCGGCCGUCGCGGAAGCGAAUCCGGCGCUCACCGCGAUUGGCGUGGACGCGGCGUCGUUCGCGCUUAGAUGGCAGCGGCGCGCGACAGGCUGGGAGCCGUGGGUGGACGAGUGUGCAUUUGCGGCGGAGAAUGCAGUUGCGUAUGAAUACAUUCAGCGGGGAGUUGAGGGUAUGCGGGUGGAUAGGGGACUGGCAGCGUCAAACUGA